AUGCGAGGCUAUGAGAGACUUCAGAGAGCGAACCCGUUGUCGAAGGGGCGCCGAGAAACGCGCGGCGAGAGCCAGAAGCGGCCCCGGAAGCCCGUCGUUCUCCCCCGGCCGCCCUUGGGGGCGCGAGCCCGCUCCCGGAGAGGCGCCGCGGUCCUGGUUCAUCCCUUCGGGUCCCGACUCCUCACGUAUGAACGUUCGAUGGCCGAGGCGCGGACCGCACGGGCUUCUCUGGGAAAGGGGGCGAUCGGGGCUGGGCCCGCCUUUGGGGACGCCGUCACCGGCUCCGAGCACUUCUGCGGCCUCAACUUCACGGGCAGCGUGCCGACUUUCAAGCGCCUCUGGAAGCAGGUGUCUGAAAACCUGGACCGGUACCGCAAUUUCCCCCGUCUGGCUGGAGAGUGCGGCGGCAAGAACUUCCACCUGGUGCACAGCUCGGCCGACGUGUCCAGCGUGGUGAACGGGACCCUGCGCUCGGCCUUCGAGUACGGCGGCCAGAAAUGCUCCGCUUGCUCCCGCCUCUACGCCCCGGACUCGCUGUGGCCCCAGAUCAAAGAGAAGCUGCUGGAGGAGCACAGGAAGAUCAAAGUGGGAGACCCUGCCCAGGACUUCGGGACGUUUUUCUCCGCGGUGAUUGACGACAAGUCUUUUGCACGUAUCAAGAAAUGGAUCGAGCAUGCCAAGACGUCCUCCAAUCUCACCAUCCUGGCAGGAGGCGGCUGCGACGACGCCGUCGGGUAUUUCGUCGAGCCGUGCAUUGUGGAGAGCAAAGACCCAAAGGAUCCUAUCAUGAGAGAGGAGAUCUUCGGCCCCGUCCUCGCCGUGUACGUCUACCCGGAGAAGCGGUACGAGGACGUCUUGGAGCUGGUGGACACCACGACGCCCUACGGCCUCACGGGGGCGGUCUUCGCCCGGCAGAAGUGAGUGCCAAAAUCGGCACCGGCGCAG